AUGCUCAGGGCGGCGGAGCCCCGAGCGGCCCGGGUGGAGGCUGGUGGCCGCGGUCCCUGGGCAGCGCCGCCCACGCAGUCCAAGCGGCUCACCUCAUUCCUCAUCCAAGACAUCCUGCGAGACCGCGCGGAGCGGCGCGGGGGACACGCGGGCAGCCCGCAGCGCCAGCGCCAGUGCCAGCGCCAGCCGGACCCUAGGAGGAGCCCCGAGCUAGAACCCGAGGAAGCAGGAGGUCGCGGGGCUCUGGGGGAGCCCCGGCCCCGGCCCAGCCCCGCAGAGACGCCGGCUCAGCCCGAGUCAGAUGGACAUUUUGAGACUUAUGUGUUGGACUGUGUGCACACUCCAGGAGACUUGUCAAGCGUCCCCCAGGUCACCAAGCAGCCGCAGAAGCGGUCCCGCGCUGCCUUCUCUCACACUCAGGUCAUUGAGUUGGAGAGGAAGUUCAGCCAUCAGAAGUACUUGUCUGCCCCUGAAAGGGCCCACCUGGCCAAGAACCUCAAACUCACCGAAACCCAAGUGAAAAUAUGGUUCCAGAACAGACGCUAUAAGACAAAGCGGAAGCAGCUGUCGGAAGACCUGGGAGUCUCCUUGCCCGUCCUGAAAGAAGACAGCCUGUCCAGCACCUCACUGGUCUCCAUGUAUACCAGCUACCCCUACUACCCCUACCUUUACUGUCUGGGCAGCUGGUGUCCAACUUUCUGGUAA